AUGGCGGUACUUGCAGCACCCGCCCUUCCCGCCCAUACAAGCUCCUUGUCCCUGAACGGCCCAUGCCAACCACGAGGAUUGCAUGGCCAGGGGCAGAGACUGGCUCCGGGCGCCUAUGAUCGACGGUACAUGGGCUACGCGGAUCCUGAUGCCCGUGAAGGUGUUCAUGCCAUCUACAACAACAUGCCGCCGGCUUCCUCUGGCACUGGAGGUCAUGUUACUGCGUACCAGUGCGUGCCAGACUCGGCUCUCCAAGGAGGAUUCGUGAUCCUGAAGGAACCGGGCACGCUGCUACAAGAGCUGAGUAGCCCGGCAAUCGCUCACAACGGCAGGACUUUUGACGAUCAAUACGGGCUCGAGGUCCCGAGAGAGCCAUCCGGCCUCACCUGGGAGGGUUGCGACCCAUCCCAGGACGGAAUAUCGUUGAUGCGCGCUUCAGUCAUGGGACCUGUCCCGAACAACCCCACGCUCCCAGAAUCUGCCACAGAGCAAGACCGGAACAGAACCAAAGGUGUACAGGUGGCGCUGGUACCCAAGGAGUCUCCACAUUGCUUGUCGUCGUACAUAAACGGCCAAUGGAGCCUCAUCAACUUCACCUUCAAGGCGACCGUAACUAAAAACUUCAGGUACGACGAAGCGGAGAAAUGCUACUUCGCCUACCGCAAAAACUUCAUGAGCGUCGAUUGCUCGGUUGUCUUCCCGUCCUACGGAGGUGACGAAUUUGUGCUCUGGACAUGCCCGGAAACAGGGGCUCUUCACAGAGUCCUCGUGUUUGGCGUAGGCGUGUCUGCCACAUCCGACAGGGACAACAGGCCGAUCGUGCUGAACGAGUAUACCUCCAAGCGACAAAAGGGUCCCAUCGUCGAGGUCAAGCGCCUCAAAUCUCAACCCCAGCCAGGGUCCACGAAAAAACAGUACGGGUUCGAACGCCUGCGAUUCGAGCGAUGUACCGCGAACAACGGCACGCAACGGGGCGCACAGGAGAAGUUCCUAGUGCGCGCCAGCCUGUACGUCAAACUGGACCAAGGAGACGGCCAAGAGUCAGACUGGAAGUGUAUCCGCUACAACGAGUCGCCCGGUGUGAUUCUGCGUGGUUGUGCUCCCUGCCAUUCCACAACCAAAAAGUCCUCUUCUCAAGCAGAUCAGGCUACGUCUCCCGCGCUGACGUAUUCGAGCUCUCUGAGCGCUUCAGAUGUCGGGUCGCCUUUCCCGCUAGCUUACUCUUCCUCGGUUGGCCCCACGCGGAACCUCCUCACGCGACACGGACAGGAAGCGCACCCCCAUCGCUUCGAUCCUCUUUUGAGGCCUUCGAUCGCUGCCGAACUUGCCGCUCGAGCACCUUGUUGGUGGUAG